AUGGCUGAGGCACGCAGUGCUGCCGCUCUUUCUUUUGCCGUCACUCACGAUGGAGUGUCGGUGAGUUACGACCAGGAGCUUCUCCGUGAUAUCUGGCACGGAAUCAGUCGGUCGUACAAGCGACGUACCGGAAGAUUCCGUAAUGAUUUCAUGAAUGGAAUGUUCCCGGCCAACUCGUGGACUCUCGGGCUCGUCGUCGGAGCAGUCGCCGUGUUCUCGGUGAUCAAACACGAUUUAUCGUUCGGAAUUUUCCCGUUUAUCCAGAAUUAUAUUGUUCACUAUGUGUUUGGAGAUGGCUAUCUCGGCCAAAGCAUCUCCAUCGCUGUCGCCGGAGCACUCCUCUGGCUCAUCUUCGUUCAAUUGCUCCGUCUCUCAAUCAAAACUCUUCUGGAAUACAAAGGAUGGAUGUACGAGUCACCCGGAAAACCAGUGUCGAAAGCCACGAAACUCUGGCUUGGUGUCUUGCACAUCAUCUCAAAGGCCGGACCAAUGCUUCACUCUUUUCAAGGAGCUCUGCCACGUCUCCCACUUCCAAACCUGGAUGACACCGUGAGAAAGCAUCUUCUCUCCAUGAAACCAAUCCUCAGUGACGACGAGUACCAAGAGCUGGAAUUCCUCUCCGAACGAUUCCGCAAGGGAGUUGGACGCCGUCUUCAAAGAUACCUCACCCUCAAGUCGUGGUUCUCUUCCAACUAUGUCACCGAUUGGUGGGAGGAGUUUGUUUACAUGAGACAACGAUCACCGAUCAUGAUCAACUCCAACUACUACGGAUUCGACACGUUGAAUGAGCAUCCAACGAAGAAUCAAGCUGCUCGUGCCGCCAACUUGACCUAUACUUCACUCCAAUUCCGUCGUAUGGUCGACCGUCAAGAAGUCUCGCCAUUCUCGAUCUCGCCAAGAACGAAAGUUCCAUUCUGCACCAUGCAAUACGAGAGACUGUUCAACACUUGUCGUGUGCCAGGAGAGGAAGUGGACCGACUUCUUCAUUGGGAUGAUGCCAAACACGUCGCCGUUUAUUGCCGAGGAGUUUGGUUCAAGCUCGUCGUGCACAAUGGAAAGAGACUCCUUGAUGCUUGCGAACUUCAGCUCCAAUAUGAUGCCAUUCUUGCACAUACCCACGAGCCAUCUGAGGGAGAGAAGCACCUUGCUUCGUUGACCGCUGGAGAACGUGCCGAUUGGGCGAAGACUCGUCGAGCUCACUUCAGAAGUGGAGUAAACAAGACGUCUUUGAAUGAUAUUGAGAGAGCCGCGUUCGUUGUGAUUUUGGAUGAUGAGGAGACGCAUUAUGAUCCAGAAGACCCAUCGAAGUUGGAUCACUGGGCACACAAUCUGCUUCACGGAAAGGCUCAUGAUCGUUGGUUCGAUAAAUCAUUCAAUCUUAUCAUCUCAAAGAACGGACACGUCGGAAUCAACACUGAGCACUCUUGGGGAGACGCCGCUGUUAUGGCUCACUUCACUGAAUGGAGUCUUCUUCAAGACAUCGUUUUCAUUGGAUACGACGAGAAUGGACGUUGCAAAGGAGAGCCGAAGGAGAAGCUGACUCCGGAACGACUGAAGUGGGAUAUCCCGGCUCCGGCACUGGAUCAGAUUCGGAAAUCUAUGGAGGUGGCAAACGCGUUGAUUGCCGACGUCGAGAUGUCAUUGUUGGUUUGGACGGACUAUGGAAAAGGAUUCGCCAAGAAGUUGAAGGUUUCGCCAGAUGCCUUCUUGCAAAUGACGCUCCAAUAUACGUACUUCAAGAACCAAAACAAGUUCUCCCUAACCUACGAAGCAUCCAUGACCCGUCUGUUCCGUGAAGGAAGAACGGAAACCGUCCGCUCCUGUACCGUCCAAUCCUCUGACUUCGUCCGCUCCAUGCUCGACGACUCCAAGACUCCACAGGAACGUCUCCAACUCCUCAGAAGAGCGUGCGACAAGCAUCAAGAGCUCUAUCGAGAUGCUAUGUGUGGCCAGGGAAUAGAUCGCCAUCUCUUCGCGCUCUACGUGAUCAAGAGAUAUCUGGAAGAGGAGUCGCCAUUCUUCGACAACAUUUUCCCGCCAACCUACUUGCUCUCCACCUCCCAAACUCCAAUGAAUCAAUGUGAGGCUGAUGCGAAGGGACUCUCUAACGAAGUUAGAUUGAGACUCAUCACCGCUGGAGGAGGAUUCGGACCAGUUGCUGAUAGAGGAUACGGAGUGUCCUACAUCGUCGCCGGAGAAGACACCCUCUCGUUCCACAUCUCCAGCAAGAGAUCCGCUGACAAUACGAGCUCCCGUGAGUUCCGAGAAGAGCUCAAACGCUCUCUCAACGACAUGAAGAAGCUUGCCGAGGCUCUCGAUGCUCCAAAGAAGGCUCAAUAA